AUGCCAUACACGAUAACUGUUCACACCAGAAACCAAUCAAACGUGGGUUUCGGAAUUGUUGAGAAGUCUGUUUGGCAUAAAGGAACAUGGUCGAGCCGCAAUGGAUGUCAGCUGCUCCGUAUCGACGGCAGUGGUACAUCAGGAGUUUUGCAGUAUAGGAACAGAGAGACGGGCGAAGCGUUUCUUAUCGCAGUUGGGGUCCACAACAAUGGGAAAUGGUGCGAUGUCAUGAUGGACCUCACCCGUAAUGACUCCGCGGCCGCCAAACAUCGGUCGUGGUUCAACGGCCCGUCAGUGCACUAUCAAGCGAAAUGGAAAAAGCAGGACAAUAUUCAGCGGAAGGGCCUUGCGGGGAGGUGUGUGGACGUGCAUUAUAGCAAUUCUGGGUACCAAGACGAUUCCGGGUGGCACUACGAUGUUGAUGUUACCAUCUCUGAUGCCCAGACCGCCCCUUAG